AUGUCUCGAGCCAUUCGGCGCAAGGCUCCGGCGCCCUCACACCGCAAGAGCCGGCGGGACUCCACCUCGUCUUCCUCCUCGCUCGACCUUUCGUCUGAUGGUGGCUACUCCGUUCUCGAUGAAGCGAGCGAAUCAGACGACGACGACGAGGAUGGGGUGGACGCGACCGAGGAGAAGUACAUUAUCAAGGAUGUAGUCAAGAGCCGCCACGGGCGGAACGCCGAUGCUGUGGGCGCCUUCCGGCGGAACCAGAUCGACCAGCAGCUCAUCUACAGCAACAAGGCCACGGCCGAGUCGCUCGCCUUCUCGGGGCCCUACAUCAUGGGCACGCUGCGCGGCAUCAAGAACGGCAGCCUCGAGGCCGUGGCCACGCCCAUCACGCCGCCACGCCGCCGCAAGCGCCAUAGCAUUAGCCUCCGCCAUGACGAGUACAUCCGCAGUCCGCUGGGCGCGGCCGUGCAGAAGCGCAAGGCCUCGGGCCCGCCGGCCGAAGGCAGCGCCGCCGAUCACAAGCGGCAGCGCAGCAUCUCCGAGGUUAAGGACCUCAUGCUGUGA